UCCGCAUGAUGAUCACAUGAUGAAUUCCAGCUGACGUCAUAUUUUGACAGCCAUGUCAAAGAAAGAGAAGAUGUAGAGCAGUAGUUGGAGAAGCCAGCAAUUGAAUUAUCUACAUUAGGUUAUAUAGGGAAACCAAUAUUCAGCAUUAAAUAUAGUUAGUAAUUUAGAGGUUAUUUUGCAUAAAAUGUCUGGUAAAUCCAAGCUGUUAAAGGUUGUUCUCCUGGGAGAUGGAGGUGUUGGUAAAAGUUCCUUAAUGAAUAGAUUUGUAAGCAACAAGUUUGAUGCUCAAUCUUUCCACACGAUAGGUGUUGAAUUCCUUAAUAAAGAUGUAGAAGCGGAUGGAGAGCAUUACACAAUGCAGAUUUGGGACACGGCAGGCCAGGAACGAUUUAAAAGUUUACGAACGCCAUUUUAUAGAGGAGCUGAUUGUUGUUUGUUGACAUUUGCUGUAGAUGACAUGCAAAGUUUUAGAAAUUUAUCUAUGUGGAAGAAAGAGUUUUUAUACUAUGCUGACAUUGAAGAUGGGAAUAAUUUUCCUUUUGUUAUUCUGGCAAACAAAGUUGAUGUGGACAAUCGUUGCAUUCCAGAAAGUGAUGGGAAGGAAUGGUGUGCGAACAAUGGACAAACUCCAUAUUUUGAAACAAGUGCCAAAGAUUCAACAAAUGUAGAAGAAGCAUUUAAAGCUGCAAUACGAAGGAUAAGACAACUUGAAGAAUUUGUAGAAAUGAAACCAUCGCAUGGAAAUUCUGUAGACUUGCGUAAAAAAUCAAAAGCUCAACAGUCAGGAUGCUGUAAUUAAUUUUUUUAUCUGACUUUAAUAUUUGAAAUCAUUCAUAUGUUUUUCAUUAAUUUGCUAUCACUAGGAAGCUUUUUAUUUAAUUGUUCUUCUGAUGACAAAUGGAAGCAAUGUAGAGGAUUUUAAUCAGACGAGGAAUGCUAUCAUUUGAUGUGCAAUCCAGAAUUCAUUUAAAAUUUAGAUACAAUCAUGCUAAUGCAAAUCCUUCUCAUGUUUUUAAAUCAAUAGGUUUUCCAUUUUAUAUGCCUAUAUCAACCAAGUGUUAACGCAUCUCAUGGUAAGAUUUAUUAUCAUGAUUAUGUAUUUAUAAUUUUAUUUAUUGUUACACCCACCUAAAAUUUGUACAUUAUAUAGAUAAUAAGAUAUUGGAAAUGUCGGGUUCUGAUAUUCAUCAUGAAUAUAUAUAUCAUGUACAGGAACAACUAUUGCUAAAGCUUCACAUUGCAGGGAUACAUCUCAUUUUGUUCAUAUAUACAAUCAUACAGUAUAACAGUUAACUAAUACUAACAAUUAAACAUGAUUGAUAUUGGAAUCAGAGAUCAAAUACUGGGACAUGUAUUCAAUAAAUAAAGAUUAUUAAUUUUGGUCUUUUA